AUGGCGCCCACGGACGAGGACGAGGCCGCCGCAGAGUGUGAUGAGCCUCCCGGAUACCGAGUCAGAGGCACCACAGUUCGAUCUCAGUCUCAUGAACAAGCACCAACCUCCAACAAUACCAAGACCAACAAUUCGAAACUCAAACUCCCAAAGGAGUCCCUCCUCACUCGAGCGCUUCUCAGCAGCCCCGAGCUCUCUCCAGCCGACCGUUCUGCUUCCGGCAUCACCUGGCGAAGCGUACCGGCAUUCUCCAUCAAUCCCAGCCACAGUGGCCCCUCGACGGCUGAGCUCACCAGCGACGGCGAAUUGACCACUCCACCUCGAUCGACCACGCCCUCACCCCCUCCGCCCACACAGUUCACCCGUCCACCGUGGCUGACGACGGAGCCUGCUUCCAAACCUGUCUCCCCCGUUGACGAACACGAGUUGAAACUUGAAGCUAACCUGGGCCGUAAACGGCGCAUCACCUUUGCCUGUGCCAACAAGAUCGACCCUAUCGAACAUACGCAGAGUGACCCCGUUGCUGGCGACCCUCCCAAGCGGAAGUCGACCAUCAAGUUCGCCUGCCCCGCCAGACCCCGAGAUAUCGACGUCGAUGUCAAGGGCGAGCAACGUUUGCCACGCAAAUCGCCUGCCAGCAUCCGAGGAAGUCGAUCCCCGGCACCAAGGAGUCUACAGUCGAGGUAUCAGGCCAGAUCACUCCAACUGUCCCGGGCCCCGGGAUCUAGGCCCGCUGAGCCCGAAGUAACGACUGGUUCGUUAAAGGUUACCGGUCUGGGAAAAUUUGAGUUGUCAGACGCUACACGAUUCCAGGAAUUUGGAAGCUCACUCGAAGACGAGGAUUGGUUGAAUGAGUCAUCGGAUUACAAACAGAAGAUGACAUUGGAUGACUGCAUGCGAAAGGAGAACGUUAUUCGGAAGCUGGGCGAGGAAGUUGAGGCUGAAGCACGGGAGGAAGCAGAGCAGGCGGAGAAUGACGGUGACGAGGAGAAUGACGAUGAAGACGAGGAGGAGAACAACGAGGAUGAAGAAGACGAGGAUGAAGACGAAGACGUGGACGAUGAAGACGAUGGAAACCAGGACUUGUCUGAUGAUGGAAAUGAAUCCGACAACGAAGCCGGAUUUGCCUCUUCAGACGACGACGGGGAAUCAGACUAUGCCUUCUGGACUCCUACCACGACUGCGGCCACCUCACACUCGGACAUCACCAUGCCGCCACCCAUGAAAUGGAGGGAUUCCCAUGGCUCUGUCGAGUCCCUUGCCAGCCCAGGCCCACUGGUGGUUAGCCCGUUCGAACCAAAGCGUGCUGCCCCAAUUAAGGAGAAGAAACAAAAGUCCACCGCUCCCAGUCUGCCAGACAGCACCGACUUUGUCUGUGGAACGCUGGACGAAGACCGCUCCAUCGAGGUGGCCUACAUCUCGCGAAUGGAAGAGCGUCGUCGCCUGAAACACAUCCCUAUCCCCCAGGACAUCGAUCCCAGCUUCCCUACCUCCGAUAUUGAGGACGAAGAUGACGAGGAUGCCGAUGACGACGUGGCUGCCAAGCCAACCACUUCCCGCAAGCAGCAGACCAACGAUGUCGACACCGUCGAGCCACCGCGUGGACGACGUUCCAGUCGCACAGCUAUCGACAAGGCUGCACCACACUCCCCUCGCAGGCUGUUUGGACAUUCUCCACGUCGCCUUCGCUCCCCUCCGCCAUCAGGCCGUCUUCGUUCCCCUCCUCCAUCUCGCCGAACAUCCCUCAUCAACCCUCCAAACAUGGGUGCAGGCCCCAGCUCAAGGACGAUAACCAUGGCCCUCGCUGAACGGCCAAACCGUACCCGCACCUCCUCUCUCCCUAGAACCCCCAACCCUUUCUUUGCCCGUGCAUACACAUCCCAUAAUACCUACAAACGCACCUCCCGCUCCCCUUCUCCCUGCCCCAAGUCAUCUACGAAGAACAAAUCCAGCCCAACUCACACCCGUGGCCCCAUCGACAUCGUCGCUGGCCUAGAGAAGAAGCGACAGAAGCGCAAAGAAAAGUUUUGGCGUCAACACUGUCGACGCGCUGCCAAGGACCAGAUCAACAGCCGCGACAAGAUGGUGCCCGGACGAGGCGCAGAGAGGAUGAAAGAGCUGGGCAUCGAAGUUGCGGAGAGGUUCAGGGCGUACGGCGUCGGUGUGGGCGGAAACGGACCCAAGCUCGUCCUUUCGAUCUGA